GGGGGAAAAAAGGCUUGUUGGCAAGAUUAUAUUCGUGGUAAAUUCCAAGCCCCGGAGAGGUUGAAAGAACCAGGAGGGCAGAAAGGGCGAUGGGCUUGGUUUGAUCUAUCAGACAAGCUGGCCAUUACAGAUCUUGCUGUCAGGCAGAGUAGAGAAUUACAAAAAACCAUCGGAGGAACUGAGGUUGUGAGAAUGAAUGUUGUCCACCAUGGUCUUGGUAUUGAUGAACAAGUAUUAAAAAAGUGA